CAAUUUGGCUUAAGCUACAUAUACACUCUCUCUCACUCAUUUUCUCAAUUCCAAGAUACAAAACAAUAAGAAAAUAUCUUGCAAAGAGGAUUAGACUUACACAUACAAAACAUAAACACACAUAACAUAUAAAGAGACCAUGUCGUCGUAUUCAACAAUGAAACGAUCACUGGAGCUUGAGGUAAUCUCAGCAGAAGGACUCAAGGUUGAUCGUAAACCAUUGAAGAAAAAAACAUACAGCGUCGUCAGUAUCGACGAGCAAUAUUGGGAGUCCAAGUUGGAUGAUUUGGGUGGGAGCUGUCCGGUUUGGAAAAAAAAAUUCGAUAUAGAGAUGCCAAUAAACGGAAGCGUAAGGUUCAUCACCGUGGAGGUACGCUAUCGAACGAGUAAUGGAGCUGAGAAACUUGUUGGACACGCCAAGAUUCCCGUGACGGACUUCAUGGGAGGUUUUGCUCCACAAGGGCAUUUGAAUUUCUUGAGUUACAGGUUGAGAGAUGACUAUGGUGACAAAUGCGGGAUCAUCAACGUGUCAAUCAUGGUAAAACCUGACGGUAGUUAUAAUGAUCAUAAAUCAAUAUUACCGUUGCCGUCUUCUUCGUAUGCUGCGUGUUCUUCGCAAGCUGCUGCGGCGACCAAUACUCAAAUGUGGAGACAGAGGACAUCAAUGGCUUCGACUGCUGGUUAUGGUGGUGGUCGUGUAGUCACCGGAGUUCCGGUUUGGUUAGCCAACAAAAAGAAUUAGUCGUCCGGUGGUUACAGUGUACGUAAAACUUGGUGAAGGCCGGGUUCGACACCAACGACACGGAGCUGUGAGGAUUAUAGCGCAUAAUGAUGGAUUUGGGUUCAUCACUAACGUCUGAUAUACAGACAAGAUAGGUGCGCAUCUGAGCUUUGUUUCUUUUUAUUUUCCCAUUUUCUGGUCUUGUUUAUUUUCGAAACUAAAAGAUAUAUUUAUGUAAUAGUUGACCAGAAAAUAUAUAUUUAUUUAUGUAAUGAUGAACAAUGAAAAUGUACCACAAAAUGGAUA